AUGGCGUCGUACUCUCUCUUUUUCCCAUCAACAAUUUUACUCAUUUUAUUAUCUUCAUCAUUCCACUCCCAUGCCGCUCCCAUUUGUCGCAAGUCUGAAGAUGUUCGAGAGGUAAUAGUUAGGUAUUGGAUUAAUGAUGAGAAAGUUGAUCAAGUUGUGGGUUUGGAUGCAAAAUUUGGUGCUGACUUACCCCAAGAAAAGGAACAUGCUACUAAACUACCUGCAAAAAAUCCUAAUCCCUCGGAUUGUUGUUCUACUCUAAGCGAAAAGUUAUCUGGCUCAAUUGCCGUGUGCCCACGUGGUACUUGUGAGUUCUCGGUGAAGGCUGAAGUCGCAGAAUCUGGAGGUGCAGCUAUUUUGCUAUUGAUUAAUGAUGAUCCAGAUGAGCUUCCUGUGAUUGAUUGUCCGAGCAAUAAAUCUGUAGAUAUUAAAAUUCCCGUUGUCAUUAUCACAAAGUCUGAUGGAGACCGUUUCACCAAUUCCAUGGGAGGUAAAAACAACGUGGAAUUACUACUAUAUGCGCCAGAGCGCUCGAUCGUUGACCCGUCUGUGGUAUUCCUGUGGUUUAUGACUGUUGGGACUGUAGCAUGUGCUGCAGUUUGGUCAGAGUUUACUGCAAGCAAACAAAGUGAGGAGAGCUCUGAUGAAUUUUCACCAAAGAAAUCUUCGAAGGUUGGAGCAGAUGAUGAUGAGGAUGAAAUCGUAGAAGUUAACCUAAUGAGUGCGGUUACAUUUGUCAUAACCGCAUCUGUUUUUCUGCUACUGCUAUAUUUUUUCAUGUCGGCAUCGUUUGUCUGGGUGUUGAUUAUACUUUUCUGCAUUGGGGGUGUUCAGGGGAUGCAUUUUUGUAUAACAUCUGUUGUCUCAAGCAAAUGGAAGCAGCAAAAAGUCGGAUUACCACUAUUCGGAGAGACUCCUAUUUUCUCUCUGCUGGUUUUGGCUUUGUCCUUUGCGUUAGCCAUUUUCUGGGCCGUAACACGGAGGGCAUCUUAUUCUUGGAUUGGGCAAGACAUUCUUGGUAUCUGUUUGAUGAUAACAGUUUUGCAGCUGGCUCAAUUACCUAAUAUUAAGGUUGCUACUGCACUUCUUUCUUGUGCUUUCUGUUAUGACAUCUUUUGGGUUUUCAUUUCUCCUUAUAUAUUCGGUAGCAGCGUUAUGAUUUCGGUUGCCAAAGGUGAUAAUAGUGGCGGAGAAUCCAUUCCGAUGCUAUUAAGAUCCCCAAAAUUUCACGAUCCCUUUGGUGGUUAUAACAUGAUUGGUUUCGGAGACAUCCUGUUCCCAGGGUUGCUCGUUGCGUAUGCUUUUAGAUUUGACAAAGCAAAACAGAAAGGUGUGAGAGAUGGAUACUUUAUUUGGUUGAUGGUUGGCUAUUCGUGCGGCCUCAUCUGUACUUACGUAGGUUUGUACUUGAUGGAUGGACAUGGGCAACCAGCUCUACUGUAUCUUGUUCCAAGUACACUAGGAACAAUUGUCGGAUUGAGUCUAAAGAGAGGUGAGCUGAAAGAGCUAUGGAAUUCCACCCUAGAGGAUAUUUCAAAAUCUAACAAGUCAUUGGGAGGAACUUGA